GGCCGCCACAUAUCUGCUUUUGCCUAUUCCUCUUCGAUCCUCAGCCUCUCUCUCGCCGCUAUAUAUAUAAAACCCUAGCUCUCCUUUUCUCAACCUAAAUUAUCCGAUUCUCGUUUUAUCUCUGCCCAAACCUGCUAAUUUCUCUGCAACCUUCCAUUUCUCGAAACCGCUUCGGGAAGCAAGGGAUUUUCUACGAAUCGCUUAUAGUUCCAUCUACGCACUGCUGAUAUCCAAGUUUGAGGUUUGUCAAAGUAAAAUUUCUUUUAUGUCCGAAGAAGCCGUUUACUAUCUGGGAUCAAUUGGGUUGCUUGGCGAGUAUUGUCCUACGUCAAGGAAAAAGAGUAGAGAUUUUCUUGAAAGGGUUGACUGCAUGCAUCUCUGGUCAUUUCACACUGAGUUGUAUGAUUGCAGCAGAGCGCAAGGUUCCCUUGUUCUAGAGGAUCAAUCUUGGUGUGUUGAAAAAUCCUUGGAAGACGCAUACAUUUUGAAAUCCUGUAGCUCCUUCCUGUGAUAACAAGGUCAAAUUUCAUUAUCUUGAUCUGAAGAAAAAUGGCCUUGCAGAAUAUUGGUGCCAGCAACAGUGACGAUGCCUUCUACCGGUAUAAGAUGCCCAAAAUGAUCACAAAGAUAGAGGGCCGUGGGAAUGGCAUCAAGACUAAUAUUGUUAACAUGGUUGAGAUUGCCAAAGCUUUGGCCAGGCCAGCUUCCUACACAACGAAAUAUUUCGGUACAGAGCUUGGAGCUCAGUCCAAGUUUGAUGAGAAAAAUGGAACUUCACAUGUCAAUGGAGCUCAUGAUACUGCCAAACUAGCUGGCCUUCUUGAAAUUUUCAUUAAGAAAUAUGUUCAAUGCUAUGGAUGUGGGAAUCCUGAAACUGAGAUUAUAAUCACCAAAACUCAGAUGAUCCAACUUAAAUGCGCUGCUUGUGGAUUUGUCUCAGAUGUGGACAUGAGGGACAAGCUUACUACCUUUAUUCUGAAGAAUCCACCUGAGACAAAAAAGGGAUCCAAGGACAAGAAGGCACUUCGGAGGGCUGAGAAGGAGCGGUUGAAGGAAGGUGAGGCAGCUGAUGAGGAACUGAAAAAGCUGAAGAAAGACGUGAAGAAGAAGACUGCUUCUAAGGAUGGACCAGUGAAAACCAGUUCUUCCAAAAAGAAAGCAGGUGGUUCUGACGAGGACCAUGGUUCACCACCCAGAGGCCGCACUGUUGAGAAGGAUGAGGAGGAGGAUGAUGAUGAUGUCCAGUGGCAAACAGACACGUCACUAGAAGCAGCUCGCCAGCGCAUUCAGGAACAACUGAAUACUGUAACUGCUGAUAUGGUUAUGCUGUCCACCGAUGAAAAAGAGAAGAAGCCCAAAGCUUCUGAUAAAGCACGUGGGAGUCCUAAAAGUACUUCGCCACUGUCUGAGGAACUUGCAACUACUGAGAAUGGAAAUAAUAUCCAUGAAAGACUUGUUCAGGAGGUGAAAGCCCUUCUAAAGAAGGGAGUUGCAGCAAACCAACUCCACCCCUCCUUAUCAUUGCUUUCUGGUUCAGCUCAGGAAGUGAUGACGGCUCUCUGUGAGGCGCUUCUUGAUGGUGUUGAAAAAGGUUUUGCAAAGGAGGUUGUCAAAAAGAAAAGCUAUUUUGCUGCAGCUGUUGCCCAGGAUGAGUCCUCACAGUUGCUGCUGCUUCGUGCAUUAGAGCAAUUUUGCAUGAAGUCAAACUCUGCUGCAGUAAAGGAGGUGGCUCUGGUCUUGAAGGCAUUAUAUGAUGCUGAUGUGUUGGAGGAAGAGUAUAUAGUGCAGUGGUUCCAGGAAGGUCGGGCUGGGAGAAACAAAGAUUCAGCGAUUUGGAAGAAUUCCAGACCUUUUAUUGAUUGGCUCCAGAGUGCUGAGUCCGAAAGUGAAGAAGAAUGAUGUUAUUGACACUUGGUGAUACCUUUAGCGCGUUGCUUAUUGGCACUUGCAAUGGUACUUGCAGUGUGAUGGUGGUGUUUUAUUACUGUGUCCUCCUAGCAAGUGUUGCUUGUAGGUCUAGCGUAUGGGUACUUUACCUGCUGCUUUUGUGGAAUAAGCUUAGAGUCUUGUUUCUUGCUGGUUGUUAUUUGCCGUAUGUCCUGCUACUUCUGAGAUCUUGUCAUCUGAACGAUGUCUCAGAUAUUAAAACUGGUUUAUUAUCUGCCAGCUGCCAAAAUCUCUUUUUUGUAUCACUAGCUAUUUAUGUAAUCGGGAAAUUUGCUUUAUUGCUUUG